AGCUUCUGAUCGGAGCGGGGAUUCGGACACUCAUACUCCUAUCACUGCCAGCCACUCAUACGCCUAUCACUGCGAACCAGGUGCCGCUGCCCGCCAUGACUCUGCGCAUGACUGGGUGAGGAUGAGCCCCCGAGAAUGACCUCAUUGGCCGGAAAAGUCGCCGCCCACAAAUCUGAGUGGGUUUCAUUUAAUGAUGAUUUCCAAGAUGGCGGUAAGAAGGACCAUCGGAGCCGAGCAGCAGAGCUGCCCCGCGUCACGUCCUCGGGCGCAGAUCAUGGAGGCAAAUCUCAGGAACCGGCUCAGGCGCUUUUACCCAGCUUGGUGCAGUUCAAGGAGCCUCCUUUGGCCGUUUCUCCGCCUGCAGCCAAGACGGGGUCCCCAUUAUAUGAAUGUUUGGGGUGCGGCCCCCCGGAGACACCCCAUCUGCCCUCACAGAGCAGCUCAGAGACGCAGUGUAAUGACACCAGCAGCCUCGGCCCCUCGUACACCGACCUGCGGACCCUCCAGUCAGACGACGCGGCCAGCGAAGAUGCCUCGGGGACGGGGUCAGCAGAUAACUCCUCAUGUUUCCAAGAAGAUGAAGAGUUAGACAUGGAGCCUAUCAACUGGCCAGACGGCUCUUGCACAGUCAAUGGGCACGGCGAUACGGCUACAAGAUCUCAGUUCCCCAGUUGGGUCACCUUUGAAGAUGAAGUUGUUCCACUAUCCCCGAAGGAGACUCCCAAAAAGCUGCCGGAGAGCCCACAAUCCCCUUUGACCCCAGAUUCUAGUUUACGUUCCCCCGGGUCCUUCAAGAAAAGGGAGAGGCCGAAGAGCUCGCUGGUUGACCUAUCAAGAGCUCAAAGGCUUAAUUUCUCCUCCUUGCACAGGCAACUGUCCUUAAAUUCCACCCCGACUAAAGCUCCCAAUCCAUUCCUAGACGAGACUUUGAAAGAUGUCCAGCCAUCUCCAAUCAAUCCAUUCAGCGCGUUCUUUGAGGAGAAAGAGAGACGUUCCCGACAGUCUUCUGUGUCCAGUGAUCCAAACACAACAAGAAGAGACUCCAUCUUGAUGCUAACGGAAGAACUCGACACCGACCAGUUUGAGGACUACAGAAAGAAGGCCCUGCAAGCCAGUGCUGUAGAGCAGCUCAAGCAGAUUCAAAUCGAAGAUCCCGAUUCCCCCAGUAGCCCCACACUGCCAGAUGACUCGGCCAAAUUCGAUGAGCCCGUUGGCCCGCGUCUGAACUUUACCAAACCUCAGCCGAAGGAUGGCUGGGCUAUGAUGUUGAGGAUUCCAGAGAAAAAGAACAUCAUGUCCUCUCGACACUGGGGCCCCAUCUACGUUCAGCUUACCGAGGCCGGAUUCCUGCAGAUGUUUUAUGAGAAGGGACUAGAAAAGCCUUUCAGGGAAUUUAAGUUGGAGAUGAUCCACGAGAUAUCUGAUGCCAAACUCCAGAACUAUGACGAGAAUGGCAGGAUUCACACUGUCCGAAUCGACCGCGUUUUAUACAAGGAGAAGCGGAAGUACCAGCCAAUGCCUUUGGUUACUCACGCAGGAGAGAGGGAGCAGGUAGUCAAGCUGGGGACAACAAACUAUUCAGACUUUAUUAGUUUUAUCGCUGCCAUCGAGGACGUCCUCUUCCGGCUGCCAGCCAUGGUGGAUCUCAGUACCGUCCACCAAAAUUACAUUGAGGAGGAGAUCACCGUGGACGUGAAGGACGAAUUCUGUGGCAUUUUGAGCAAGGGCGACAACCAGCUUCUUCAGCACUCCAUCGUUACUCAUAUCCAUGUCCUCAGCUUCAUUUCAGGGAUGACCGACUGUAGGCUCGGCCUCAACGAUGUUCUCAUCAAAGGCAAUGAAGUUGUCUCCAGGCAUGACAUCAUGCCGACCACCACCACCAAGUGGGUGAGACUUCACGAGUGCCAAUUCCAUGCGUCAGUGGAUGAAGAAAUGUUCCACAGCUCUCGAGCGAUAUUAUUUACCCCACCGGAUGCCUGCAGGUUUGAGCUCAUGAGAUUUCAGACGGUGUUUUCCGAGAAGACUUUACCUUUCACACUGAGGACGCUGGCCUGUGUGCGAGGUGCUGAGGUUGAACUACAGAGUUGGCUGGUGAUGUCUUCGGGAUUCUCUUCCAACCGAGACAGCCUAUCGCAGGUCCCCUGUGAAAACGUCACCAUUCGACACCCGGUGCCAGCUGAGUGGGUGAACUAUUUCCGCAGGGAUGGUGUUUUGGGGGAGAAAUCUCUGAAAGCAAAGGUUAACAGGGAAGCGAGCUUUGGUUCGCCCAGCUUUUCUGGGUCUGAGCCGGCCAUGCGGGUUACUCUGGGAACUGCAAAAUAUGAGCAUGCUUACAGCGCCAUCGUGUGGAGGAUAAACAGAUUGCCUGAUAAGAACUCCGUAUGGGGUCAUCCUCACUGCUUCUACUGCCACCUCGAGCUGGGCUCAGACAGGGAGGUCCCCCCAAAAUUUGCUCGUUAUGUGGAGGUGGAAUUUGACAUGCCCUCUGCUUCAGCCUCCAAAGUAGCCGUGCGCUCCAUAUCACUGGAAGGCAAAAGCUCUGUCAAGAAGUGGGUGAAUUACUCAGCACAUUAUUACUGCAAGGUGGAAAUAGAGCAGAAGAAGUCUCUGAACCAGGACAUGGACGGAGAAGAUGUGGAGAACCCGUAUCCGGUAGCCGUAGACCCUGUACUGGUCCUCGCUGUGCUUCUUGUGGCCGCACAGCAAUGCUUUCCUGUUUAUGGUAAAGCAGACAGAGGGGGUCUUCGCUGCGGGAUUAGAGGGGCUGAUUUUAAUGUUAACGACCCCCGCUCCAACUCCAAGGCCGUGGGGGAGCCUCCUCAGCCGCUUGAGGACGUUUUCCGUUUCUGGGAACGGGUUUAUUGCCCCCCGCGCGGUGAGGGGCGGAGGGUGUCUGAGGUAGUUGUUUUUGGUCUGAGGGCAGAGGGGGUAUUUAGGGCAGGAAUACCCCCAGUUACUAAACUGUUGGAAAUGGCGGCCGCGGCGAGCGCCAACCCCGUGCCUAAACUGUACCGGUCGGUGAUCGAGGACGUUAUUAACGACGUGCGCGAGCUCUUCCUGGAUGAGGGAGUCGAUGAGCAGGUCCUGAUAGAGCUUAAGACGCUCUGGGAGAAUAAGCUGAUGCAGUCGAAAGCGGUGGACGGGUUCCACUCCGAGGAGCAGCAGCUUCUGCAGUCGCAGCAACAGCAGCAUUCGCAGAACCACCACAUGCAGCAGGCGGUGGCAGCCGCUCACCAGGCGCAUGCGCAGCAGGUUCUCAUUCCUGCCACGCACCAAGCCCCCCAGCAGCAGGUACUGGUGCAGGACUCCAAGCUGAUCCAGCACGUGACACAGCAGGGAAUGAGCGCAGCGGCUACCGCUGCCACCCUGGCGCUUCCCACGGGAAUGACUCCGGUGCAGCAGCUCAUCACGAAUUCAGGUCAACUCUUACAAGUGGUCCGGACCGCGAAUGGAGCCCAGUACAUCAUCCAGCCCCAGCAGCCCAUGGUCCUGCAGCAACAAGUCAUCCCCCAGAUGCAGCCUGGGGGGGUCCAAGCGCCGGUGAUCCAGCAGGUUCUGGCGCCUCUCCCCGGGGGUCUCUCCCAGCAGACCGGAGUCAUCAUCCAACCGCAGCAGAUCUUGUUUACAGGAAACAAGGCUCAAGUCAUCCCCACCACCAUGGCGGCCACGCAGGGGUCUGCGCAGGGGCAGCUCCAUGUGGCCGGUCAGCAGCAGCCCCAGCAGCAGGGGCAGCAGCAGCAGCAGGCUCCUCUGGUCUUACAGGUCGAUGGGGCCGGGGACACCUCCUCUGAGGAAGACGAGGAGGAGGAUGAAGACUAUGACGACGAGGAGGAAGAAGACAAGGAAAAAGAUGGUGAAGAUGGACAGGUGGAGGAGGAGCCGUUGAACAGCGAGGACGAUGUGAGUGACGAGGAGGGCCAGGAGCUGUUCGAUACGGAGAACGUGGUCGUCUGCCAGUACGAUAAGAUUCACCGGAGCAAAAACAGGUGGAAGUUUCACCUUAAAGACGGCAUCAUGAACCUGAACGGCCGCGACUACGUCUUCUCCAAAGCCAUCGGAGAUGCUGAAUGGUGAGGAGCCGCCUCUGCCGGCUGGCCGGGCUCCCCCCAGGACCCCGAGCCAAACACCCGAAAGCGGAGGACUUUCCUGCAACCGAUCACAAGAGACUGACCCAAAGUGCCCAAUAAUUCCCCCCCCCAGGGACUGGGAGCCACAGAAUGAUCCAAAGGAUGUCAUGUGACUCGUUAGACUGCCCCCUAGGGGCAACUCACGAUACUGGACAGAGCGGACGACUGCGGUGACUGUUUUUAAA